GGUGAGCAGGGCGGGGCUAACACUCACGCUUUCCUUUCUUAAAUGAACCAAGAAUUGUGCAGCUGCUCGCAACGCACGCUUCUAAAUAUUAAAACUUAACACAAAGACGUCAAAAAGCCAACAUGUCUGACAAGAAGGCAGUGAUCAAGAAUGCUGACAUGUCUGAUGAAAUGCAGCAGGACGCAGUGGACUGUGCUAUGCAGGCCAUGGAGAAGUACAACAUUGAGAAGGAUAUCGCCGCCUAUGUCAAAAAGGAGUUUGACAAGAAGUACAACCCAACAUGGCAUUGCAUUGUUGGGAGGAAUUUUGGCAGCUACGUGACGCACGAGACAAAGCACUUCAUCUACUUCUACCUGGGUCAAGUAGCCAUUCUACUUUUCAAGUCAGGCUGAGAUCAAAUCCAAGCUGUUCUUAAACUCCUCUUAAUUCAGCCUUUAAUACUUGGCGCCAUGCUGUAUAUUUGCUGCCACCUUUCUGCAGACAUGCUCCCCUCCUGGUUUCCUGCUUGCUUCAGCCAGCUUUUGUUUGCCUUCUCCAACACGUCCACAGAAAGUGGAUGGUGUUUGUCUGGACUGGCGAUGUGUCCUUCAUGGAAAAUGUGAAUGUUAAAACCACUUCCCAUGCCAUCUCUUAGUCAGCAUUGCUCAUGUGACAGACUCAUCAUGAUUCAUAAUUUCUGAAUAUUCUUUUUGCUGUACUGUGAUGCGCAGACCAUGUACAUUUUUUUCACAAGAAUAUGUUGUAUAAUAACUUAUUUUUCAUGUAAUUAAAACAAGCAACAGAAUUUUUUGUUAGAAUGUUUUUUUUGUUUGUUUUCAAUGUAGACUGAGGUUGAAUAGAAACUGCAGACGCUGUUGCUUUCACUGAAUAAAGAAUAUGACCUGCUGAGAGAUGUCAGGUUUUGUCCAUGUUUAAACAUUCCUGUUUCCACUCCCGUUGUGAAUAUUUAAGUGUUGCUGUUGCACUUCUCUGGAAUGUAAUUUGUCAGAGGUUCUGGUAAUGUAAUAACUCAACAUGUAAAUCGCAAAAGACCUUUGAGAAAGUAAAUUGGUUUCAAACUGUGUGUAUA